CGGAACUCACCUUCUUCCUCAUCAACAGGAACUUCCUCUAAAUCAUUUCCCUCGACCAAAUCAGCCACUAGAGAAUAAACAACAUCACUUACAUCUGUCACACCCUCAGAGCAAGCACUAAACUUAUCUCAUCAAACCUGACACUAGGCUCAACAGAAAUACCCUUUGGACUAUCAGGAUAAACAAGCGAUACCCUUUACUCUCUCUGCCAUACCCAACAAAAACCAAACACUUGCUUUUUGCAUCCAAUUUGUCACCUCUAACCUGCUUAGGUACAUGCACAUAUGCAUUACAACAAAAAACUCUCAAAUUAGAAUAUUUCUCAGGCAGGCAAGUGAUGACAGUAUCCAAAACCAUAUCCUUUUCCCCAGCACACAGUCAUGACCAAACUGUCAUAUUCACCAGGUAAUCCUUGGAAUAUCAUGGCUAUCAGGUACUGGUCCUUAACUUCUCUCCCAAACUUUUCAUUUCUUACCCCAGAGACGUGAUGUGUGCAAUAUAACCCGCCAUAUCACUGGAGUCCUGAAACCUUGCCUGCCUCAUGGCUCGACCCAGAUAUACGUACCGCUAAUGACCUUUGGUUUCAAACUUCCUCUUCAGAGCUUCGAAUGCCUCUUUAGCUGUUUUGGCACUGUUCACGUACUGAUGUAUAAGCAGUUGGUGGGAGUUUGGCAAUCAUUCCCGUUCCAGGCACUGACAAAGGCACAACAUAGACGAACAGGAAGUUUUUGAAGACCCAGAAAUAUCUGGACCUGAUAUUAGACAACUUAGAUGAUCCCGAAUUAGUAUUGGUCAUUAUUACUAUGCCCUGUCGAUGUUAAGAGUAAUGAAAAUACUGCAGGAGCGAAAGUGCAAGAAGCCAAAAAGAUGCAGAAGAAGAUGCUGGAUGCGAACCUACUUACAAAGAAGAGAGGAGAAAGAGUACUACGAAAACUUGAUGACAGAAUUGACAAUUGAAACUCCAGGACUAUAGGUACCGGAACUUGAUCAGGAUUACAGAGGGCUUUUCAAUGAAAUUGUUGAACGGAUCUCGCCCUAUGAUGAAAUCAUGCACAGCACGAAGUCUGACAGCACAUGAGCCCAUCUUUGCCUUUGGCAUACGAUAUAGCUAUCUUCACAGCAGUGUCACUCGUACUAGAUAUAUAUUUCCACGUGCAUCAUUCUGUUAUGAAUACGUUUAUACACUUUCCCAAGUGCUACUGUGGUAUAAGCUCCUUCUCAAGUUUUAUCCGUAGUCAAGUUCUUUUUACAAAAAAUGAAGAGGAUCAGAUUUUGCGAAAAGAUUUUGGUAUUGCUUAUAGGAACUACUGUCUACAGAAUAAUCUCCCACAAGCUUCUGUCAUUGACUUCCUUGGCCAUCUAAUGCAAUCAGGCAUCACAAAAAAAGCUGUUGAAAAAGAUAACAACUUCUACUACGUGUUUUGUGGUGUGGCUUGGAAGAAAACUAAAAACAAAAAUGCUAAUCAUAAAGAUCGUGGUGUAGAGUCUACCUCUAUAGCACACACUUUGAGCAGUUAUGUUCCCAGACACAACGGGUUUGAAACAUUCCUCCAAUUUUGUCAGUCGUAUGUAGUGUUCACCUUGGAAGAAGAGCAUUGUGUCAUGCUGGAAGAAUUUGAAGCAUCAUACAAGAAGUUUUGCAGGAGAUAUGGUUUGAAAAAAGCUGACCUAGUAGACAUGAAAAGGGCCUUGCUUUGUACUAAAGUCAAAUGGAUGGAACGGAAACAUGCAAGUGCAAGUGGUGAAAUUUAUUGCGUAUUCUUUGGUAUGCAUUUGUUGAAAGAUGGUAUUACUGAUAACAACAAAAUGGAGCCAACACAGUUAAAGGGAGAAAGUACACCAGCAUUUAAAACUAAUGAUGCAAUAUCAGCAGUAAGUAAAAGUGAGAUUCUUGAGUUACCUGAACCCUCUGUUAGAGUUUUCAAACCUAGGCGAUGGGUUGCUGGAGUCAGGUUAGAAAAAAAUGUGAUGUAUUUCAGAGAAAACAGUAGUAAUUAUUUUAUCACAGCUAAUGACCAACAAAGUAUUGCUAAAAGUGAAGUAACUUCAGAAAAAGAAGGUGAUAGUGUUGCAUUAGAUAUAGAAAAUGAUCUUGAGUACUUGAACUGUCCUUUUAGAAAACAUGCUCAAGAAGUGGUGGGUAAAAAGGAAAAUAUUGCAUUGACAUAUAAUAGUGACGAAACAAAUAAAAUCUUGAAAUCUGAUAUAAAAUGUUCAGUACUAAAAGAGAAUAAGACAGCAAAAUUAUGCAGUGGUACAGAGAGGUCUCUAAACAUAAAUGCAGGUAGUGUACGAGAAAAGUUUGCACCAUUACAUGCCAAUAGUGUUGAUAAUUUAGUGUGUGAUAUAUCACUUGGUGAUCGACAAGCUUUGUAUAAAGAGCCAAAGUGUACAGCCUCUCGAAGUGGAAAUAGAAAUGACCCAUCUAGUGUGGUAACUGGUAGUCACGUGAAUAAUUGUUGUCCUUUAAAAGGUAUUAUAGGCAACAAGAGUUUUGGUAAUGUAGAACAAAGCAGUACUUUUAGAGAUUUUCUUAAGAAACCUAAGAGAUCUGGGAAAUCUGAUUGUAGUGUUGCACCGUCAAGUGAAUUGGGCAAGUUCCACGAGCUGCAAAGUUCCAUAGCAGGAGCAUUGAAUCUGAACCGAUGGGUUGUUGGAGUCAAACUGGAGAAAAUUAGUGCUUUGGAAGGUGGUAGAGACUUAGGCAAAAGAAAAGAGAAAGACCUUGAGAAUAGCAGUGAUAACUCUGCCAAGAAACUAGAUGUAAAAUUGCUUGUGUCUGGGCUGGAGGCUGGGGAUGAUUUAAACCAUGAGAGGCUUAGUGAUUGUGGUGAUCAAAAUAUAGUUACAAAAGAAGAUUCUAGUGCUGUCAACUUUACCAUCAAAGCUAAAAGUUCCAUGUAUAGCAAAACCAAUGAAACAUCAAAAGAGAGCAGUCUUCUCGUAAGGAAAAAUCAAGCACAGAACAUUUGUAAUGCUGAUCAUAUAGUUGGUGAUGAUAGAAGUUUAGAAGAAAAUGAAUGUGGAAGGGAUAGUUGUGCUGGAAUAAGAGAGAGGGAUGAUGUAGAAAUGACUGAAAUUGGUCAGAAUAAUUUUGAAAUAAAUGAAAAUAGCCAGAGUAAUAGGGAUAGUAAGUUGCCAGUCUUUGAUGAUAAAAGCCUUGCCAGUGAUUUUGAUUGUCAAGGAAAUUCAUUCAGCACAUUCCCGAAUCAGUCAGAUGUGGGCUAUUUACCACUUAGAAGUAAUCUUAUUAAUCACAAUGUCAGUGUUGUUGAAAAUAGGGAUAAUCUUAUUAAUCAUAAUGUUGGUGUUGCUGAAAGUACCUUUGAUGGAUGUCAUUCAUUUUCUGAAGCUCAAAGAGAAAUUACAAGUCAAUGUAUGUUGGAAGUGUCCUUACAUGAUAUUUUCAAGUGCUCUGAAUUAAAAAAUUUCUGUAGAUCUGAUAACGGGAUCAAAUUAGAAGAACCUGAUGUGUAUCCGCUGCACGACAGUGAGAGUUAUAACAUGCAAAGUACCAUUGAAGAAGAUAGCAUGUAUAUGAUGAACUACCUCAGAGAGAAUGGAAAACCUGACCGAUUUGUUUCUGAGGUAUUGCUUAGGGAUAUCAGGCGUUACCCUCAGUAUCAGAAAAAGCUGCACUUUUACAAAGAUGAAAUUGGUGACUGGAUCCUCAUUAGACCUUCCUUUACAUAUUAUGGUCUAGAUUCAUUCAAGAAAUUUAUUAAAGCAAAUAUUUGUUUCACUGGUAAACCUCAUAACCUUAUCAUGAGGGAUGAUCUCUUUAGAGUGUACCAAAAAUUUUGUGGACAAUGUUCACUUCCAAAGGCCUCUCUGAAGGACAUAGAACAUCACUUGAGUGUUAUUGGCAUCCGUUCUCACUACAACUAUGUACAAUCAUUUUCACCUGAGAUUGCCUUUUCUGGAUUAAAGUGGAAGCACAAUGCUUUGUUAAAAAAGUUUGGGAAUAACAAUUUCAGUGUUAUUAUUCAUGAUUUAUAAUAUAAAGAAUACCCCUGAAACCAUUAUUGGAAAGUCUGUCAAAGUAAGUUACAGUGGUAUUAAAUUCUUAACGUAAACUUCGUGUGAUUGUCAUGUGCUCAAAUGUUUCUGAAUUAAAUAAGUACCAUAUAGAACUUCCUAGUGUUCCUGUUCAUUUCUCUCUCUUACAUCUCGGUAAGAAAAUUGGGUAAUACCAACUUUUUAUAUUCACAUCUUUAGUACAUCUAAAAAAAAUGUUCAGGUUAUUUAAAGGAAAAUGCUACAUUCAUAUGUAAAGAUAUUUUAUUUAUUGACAUUUACCUAAUUAGAAGGGUGCCUGUUUGCUUCGAAUCUGAAUCCACAAGUAAUAUGAAUAAUAUAUUGCAAAUAAAGCAUGUGUACUUUGUAAAUUAAAACAUUUUCUCAGUC